UUUAGUCAAAAAAAAAAAAAUCUCGUAUGCUCUCAAUGCAAAAACUUUAGGCCAUGUUUGUUUUUGUAUUUAAUUUAGCAUCUAGAUUUAGCAUUUGAAUACAACAUCUAAAUAAUGCAUUCAAAUAUCGUUCGUUUAUAAUUAGUAUUUGCAUUUGGAUGCAAUAUCUAUAUCCAAUAAGCAUGGAUUUUUUUUUCUUCAACAAAUAAGGAAGUCCCUUUCUAUCUUUUACUGUUCACAAACUUAGAUACACAGAGGAACCCUGGAGACUCCGAAAGCCCUAGCUGCCGCCUCUCUCUUUCUCCCUCCUUGUCGGCCGCGAGUCACCAUUGUGGGAAGCAGCUGGUCGUCGCCCUCCUCGCCACCAGCCGGGUGGUGUUGUUCGUAUGUGUGUAUUGAUUGUAAGUUGAGUUCAGUGUAUUGAUUGUAAGUUGACUUUCGUGUGACACUGAAAAGAAGUGACGUCUAGCUAACUGAAGGUGUUAAAGUAUGAGAAUGAGAAUGAGAAUGAAUGUUAUGUUGACACCGAGAAUGGUGGUAUCUAGAAAGAGAUGUUGUUGUUGAGUUGUAUUGCAUUGUAGAGUUAUUGAGUUUUGAGAGGGGCGCCAGUAAGAUUGAGUCAUGCCGAAUCUUGGCAUAAGUAACUAUUGAGCCCGCAUGGUAGACAGUGCUAGAUGAGCCAAUGGUCACAAGUAGGUAAUUAUGUAGGUUAUGUAGGAGCUGCGGUUCGUAGACUGGUUUUGGCACUCCGCAUGACAGCCGCCAUGGUGGGGGCGACUAUAUGCGUGCGUUAGGUCCUUGAGUUUAGGUUGCGUAGUGUCAAGUCAGUGUGUAGUAGUGGUUGAGUCCACUGCAUUUGUUUGUUGUUAUGCUGUAUCACUUGAUUGAUUAAUUGUCAGUGGCUAAUCAGAUCUCUUCACGUAUUGAGUAAUAUAGAGUCUCAUGUAGAUCUACAACAAAACAUAGUGAAUUCUAACCAAUUUUCUGACCACUUAAGUUGGUCAAAACCGUUUCCGACCAUAAACUGAUCCAGUUGGCGGAGAAAAAAAAAUUCUCAAGAUUUAUUCCAUACGAUGCCUACUCGAGAAGAUUUUCUGCGUUAUCUUCAACAAAAUCCAGUUGGUGAUGGAACACCAAGUUUUGUUGACACAUUUCAGGGAUUUGAGACUUACUUCUCUCAACCAAAUCCGGCCAAUACCAACUUCAGAGACAUUCCAUCCACUUCGACUCCUCCUACUGCAGCGCACAUCCCUCAGAUGACAGUAGAUGAUCUUCUGGGGGCUCCUGGACGAGAGAGCCUCACUGUACUCGACCCACUAAGGCGUGGAAACGCUACUUGGUUUAAGCAUGAUAAUGGGAAAAUUUCGAAAGCUAUAUUAAAGAUGAUGAAAUCUGACCUACCAGGACCAUAUCCUACUUAUAAACAUCUGCCUCGUGAUGCAAAAACAAGAUGGUUCAGAGCAUUUGCGCAACAAUUUACUUGGGAACCGAGCAUUACUGAAACCGUAAAAAUUGCUUACGAGAAAAAGGCACAGAAAUCUUUUUCAAGCAAUUUGUGUGAAUGGAAAGAAAAAUGGAAGCUUAACAAAGAUCCUCCGGAGUGGGUAUCAGAUGAUAAUUGGCUGGGUUACGACUUGAUGUGGAAGGAUGAAAAAGUCCAAGCAAAGUCUUCCACAAACUCUACCAACCGGAAAAGUGAGCGUGGUGGUUUUGGUAUUGCAAUACACAACACAGGGGCAAAAUCCUAUGAAAGGCGCAAAGACGAGAUGACCAUUGAUAAUGGAGGGGAAGAGCCUGAUAUGCUAGCAUUUCUUGCGGAUGCACAUCGAAGUCGCAAAACUGGUGACAUUCUUGACAAAAAAGUGAAGCGGAUUGUGGAGACUGUCAAGGAGAAGAUAAACGAUCAGCUAACUCAAGGUGGAUCAACUGAGACAAACCUUCUUACCCAAGCACAUAUCAACAAUCUGGUUUUAAAGGUUAAGUUAGUUAGUUUAUUUUUUUUUUGCAAAUCUUUGUGCUUUCCUUAUAUAUUUCUCAUUCUACAGGAAAUCCCUGUCAUUAAGGGUCACCGUUUUGGGUUUGGAACACUGCCGGACCCGGGACAAGUACCUUCUUCAGCUUCUUUCAUGUCAAAUUUGGACCAAGAAGAACAACUACGGAUUGCAAACGAGAAGAUAGCAAUAGCUGAUGAGAAGAUUGCUAUGGCAACAGAGAAGAUUGUGACACUGGAGAAUGACAAAGCUGCGAAAGAUAAGGUUAUACAGUAUUUGCAAAACUUAGCAUCUAAGGUUGUCAGCAAAUUUCCAGAUUUGCUUCAAGAAGAUGAAGAUGCAACUCAAGAAUAAGUCUUAUGCUUGUAGUCUUAUGCUUGUAGAAGAAGAAGCUUUAGUAACAAACGUGUGUUACAUAUUAUGCUUGUAGUUUUUUGGUUAAAGCUUUAGUAAUGAACUCUAUUGUAACUUUAACGGUUGUUUUAAGACUUUAGCAAAAUAUUUUGCUAAAACUAUUUUAAUGUUAAAUGUUUAAGUAGGUUUCAAGUCUAAAAUAUAUUUGAUUUAGUCUUUUAAAUUUU